AUGAAUCGUAUCGCUGAAUUGAAGGAAUUUGCCAAAGAAAAGGAAAAGGAGUCGAAAGAUAAAUUGCUAGAAUAUCGCCAAAACCUGGAAGAAAAGAUUACAACUUGCGAUGGAAUAAUAAAAAGAGAACUUGAAUUGGAGAGAGAACGCCUUACAGUGAUUAAGCCUGAGAAUGAGUCCCCUGAGUGUCCGAUAAAUAUUAAUAAUGAAAUUCCGGAAAUACAAGACUUUCAUUCCAAUCUCAAUGGUAUCCUCGAGUUUUACAAAGAACAGUUGAUUCGAAUUGGACAAGCUUCCAAAAGAAUCGAGGAAUGCCUUCCAUUGGAUUUCGCCAACGUAAAACUUGAAGAAAAGAAGAGUCAAGAAUACUAUAAGAAAAUCAUCAAUGACGGAUAUGACAGCGUACUCAAAAUGUUCAUUGAAACUGGCCGCGCGAUAACUAAUUGUUGCAAAGUGAUAGUCGAUAUCGCUGAUAAAAAUCAUUGCGAAGAAUUAGGUUUGUUCGGAAAAAUAUAUGUGCCCAUAAUGACUGUGGCGAAAUUUCUUCUUCCCGUUCAAAGAAUAUCCGAUGUUCUGAACGAAACCUUGGAACAGAUUGACUUUCGUGACGCAUCUCCAUCUAAUUCAAAUGAUUCCAACCAACGGGACGAAGCCUGCGGAAAAUUGAAGGACUUGGCCAAGCAACUGGUUAAGAAUGAUAAUGAAAUAAAAUCAGCUUGCUGUCAUCUGUUUGAAACGAUUUCUGAUAGCUUUGGUCUUGAGGAAGAGCUCAGGAAACACUUUGCUAGUUUUUUGAAAAAGUACUAUGAUUUGGAUGCGAAAUAUGGAAUCAUUCAUUUGCACCUUUGUGGGUACGAAAGUCCAGAACUUCCUGAAAAACAACAGAUCCUGGAUUAUCUGAAAGAAAUCAACAGCUUGAGAGCAGAAGUUCAGGAUUCCGUGAAUCGCGUCGUUGAGAAAUUAAGCGAAGAAAUAAGAAAGUCGUUGGAAAAUAAGGCGAAAAAAUAA